CACUAUUACAGACACCUUAACCUUGAAGUGGACAGAAUGGACAACAUGACAUGAGAAACAUUUACAAGAGAUGGGAGGGGGCUUGAUUUUAGGAAGAGGAGGUGAGUAUAAGAGUGAGAAAGAGAGAGAGAGAGAAACUUACCUUCAGACGUACCACCUCAACACACUCACCACCUCAGCAGUGUCCAGUGAUGGAGUCAGCCAUUGGUGUACUCGUGUCCCAGUUCAAGGCGUUUGCUGGAAGUGAUGGAUCCUCAGACACACUGAGCAGAGAUGAGUUCCAGAGCCUGGUCAAAACACAACUCCCCAACUUCGUUAAGAACGCUGAUGACCCAGCUGUCAUCGACAGACUUAUGGACUCAAUUGACGAGAACAACGACGGAGAGCUCACCUUCCUGGAGUUCUGGCAGCUGAUUGGACGACUAGCAAAUCAACACGGCGGCUUUAUCCAAUAGGAUGUCUCCAUGUCUUGUUCUGUUACUAACAUAUGAUUACAAUGAUAAGUUAUUCUAGUGGUAUGGUUAUCCCCAGGUUGUGUUUCUAAAUUGUCAAGUGUUUGCUAAAGCUAUGGAGGAUUGGUCCAGCAAAAUAAAACAUGGAUGAAUCAUACAACUAUAGUA